AUGGGAGCAAAUGCUAGUUUGUGCUCAACCCGUUCUCUGCAAAAGCGAUAUGGAAGAAGGUCUGUGGUGGUUUGUCAACUGGACAUGUAUAUCAUUAUGCAGAUUCAUGUGAUCACAACGGUUAACGACCUGGCGCCCGGCCUGAAAGCAAUCAUCAAGGGAACCAUCCCUGACACCCAGUCGGGCAAAGUGAGCUCCUUGUCUUGCGGUUGUGUGCUAUUGCAGGUUCAGACAUGCUUUGUCCGAUUUAAGAAGCAGGGGACUUCGGUGGAAUGUUGGUUUUGCUUGAAUGCACGGGUUCUUAGUUUGUAUGGUACUUCCGGAGGAGGGAUUACCUUGCCGCCCACUGACGGUGUCCGCAAUCCUGGACACGAACAGCAGAUUUUUGACGUUGAGUAUGUGCACGGCAUUAUGGGGCUCAAGGGGUGCAUCGGCCUGAAGCAGUCACCGGUUGCAGAAGGAUCCAUUGCCUUUGGGAAGGAGGGCGUUCUGAUUGGAGGGGAGGGGGCCUAUGACACCAACAAGGGCGAGGUGACCAAGUAUUCUGCGGGGAUUCAGUACUCACAAAGAGACUUCUCUGCUGCAGCAAUCCUGGCUGACCGAGGCAACAAGCUGAUUGCCAGCUACUACCAUUCGGUGAACCUCGACACUGCAGUCGGCGUGGAGGCUACCCACAAGUUUGACGACAAUGCGAACACCUUCACAGCCGGCACUAAGUAUCACCUGGACCCCCUUACUUUCACGAAGGUCCGCCUUGACAAUCAUGGGAAGCUCGCGGGUCUCCUACAGCACGAGUUCAGGCCGAAGAACACCUUUACGGUCUCCUCAGAAGUUGACACAAAGGCAUUAGACAAGAGUGCCAAGGUCGGCCUCGCUCUCAACAUCGUGCCCUAG